UAAUACGUGUAGAAACAGCUAAUAUACAUAACAUGGCAUUUGUCCAAAAGUUACUCAACUUUUCAACGUCCUGUUCUACUUCCUUUCUUUUCUUUUUUUAAAGUAUUGUAAAUACUCUUUUCAUUCAGGCUUGGCCUGUCAGCUUAAUUGACCAUCGUCUUCGUUUAGUACAUUAACCUUCAAGAUGUUGGCCAAACAAGCUCUUUUUAUUUCUGCACUUCUGCCCUUAAUUCAAGGACAAGAAUCCACCCCAGAAACUGUUUUAGGUGUUUACAUUUACCAUCGUCACGGAGAUCGCACGACAAAAAGCUAUCCGCCUGUAUCUCUCACAGAUCUUGGUUAUGCUCAAGUACAUGCUUCAGGAAAUUACUAUCGAAACCGCUACAUCGAUUCCAACGCAUCAUCUCCUAUCUACAAAAUCAGUUCAGACAUAGCCAAGGCCUCUCAAUUGAAUGUCCAAGCACCAGUCGAUAAUGUCCUUCAAAAUUCCGCUGCUGGAUUCCUGCAAGGUUUAUAUCCACCUGUGGGUGCAACGUUGGGAAGUCAAACACUUGCAAAUGGCACAAGUGUUGAAGCACCUCUGGGUGGUUUUCAACUCAUCCCCGUAAAUGCUGUUUCUACUGCUUCCAGCAGUGCUAAUUCUGAGAGUUCUACAUGGCUUCAAGGCUCAAGUGGUUGUGGAAAUGCUAUUACGAGCUCUAAUAAUUAUUUUUACUCGGAUGAAUAUACAAGGCUCUUGAAUUCAACCAAGAGUUUCUAUCAGGGUAUUCUGCCUGUAGUCAAUACUACGUUCAGUUCUGCUACGAAUACCUUUAAGAACGCCUAUACGAGUAAGAUGUUUCAAUCUUAUAUGAUGCGUGCGUAUUGUUAACGAAACUAGUUUAUGAUUAUGUUCACGUCUCUACUAUUCAUAACUCGUCUAUUCCUUCAGAUGAUCUUCUUACGAAUGAGACACUUUCUCAAUUGCAAACUCUAGCCAGCGAUCAUGAGUUUAACCUUGCGUAUAAUGCUUCAGAGCCAAUUCGUGCGAUUGCGGGAUCGACUUUGGCAGGUCAAAUGUAAGUCUAUCAUCCAUCCAUCAUAAUCGCCUAAAAUCAUCAAAUGAGAUUCCAUAUCCAUUAUUUCUCCAUCCCAACCCACAUCACUCAAUCUCCAUCAUUCCCAAACUCAAACCCACCAACUAACACCCCUUCCCCACUAGUCUCCAAUCCCUCAACACCACCCUAACAACCCACUCCACCACGCCCCUAACCAUCCAAUUCGGCGCCUACGCCACCUUCCUCUCCUUCUUCGGCGUCUCCGGCCUCUCCAACCUCUCAGAACCCUUCACCCAAAUAGUCCCCUACGCCUCCUCCAUUGUCUUCGAACUCCUCACCAACGCCACCCUCACAAACACCUCAUCUUCCUAUCCCCCCCUCUCCUCCAUCUCCGUCCGCUUCUCCUUCGCAAACGGUCCCGCGUCUGAGAACCCCCCUGUAGCUUAUCCAUUAUUUGGCCAAAGUGAACUUGUGAUUCCGUAUGAGAAGUUCGUGGAGGAAAUGAAUCGGUUCGCGGUUGGGGAUUUGGGGGAUUGGUGUAAUGUUUGUGGGGAAUCUGGGGGUGUUUGUGCUUCCUCUUCUUCGAGUUCGAGCUCGAGUUCGGGGUCCGGAAACGGGAAUGGAAAUGGAGAUGGAGAGGAAAAGAACAAUGGGAUUUCAAAGACAAUAGCGGGUGUGAUUGGGGCGAUGGUUACGUUGGGUGUUGUUUUGGGGGUGGAGGCUUUGGUUCUUUUAGUGGCCGGGUUGAGGGUUGUGAGGAAAGGGCGCCUAGGUGGAAGUGGAGCUCUGGGUGCAGGUGCUAUUGGGGAGCAGGGUGGGAAAUAGGGGAUUUGAUACCUUUGGGG